CGCAUGACACGCUACGAUAUUUCGUUACGUGCCUGCAAGUAAUUAGCUGAAAAUUUAUUAAGCUUCUGAGAAGAUCGUUAAUCUCUGUGCAUAGCAUUGAAGCACUUGAAAGAUGCAGAAAUUGGUUGACUUCAAACUACCACAUUUCUUCAAUUACCCACCUUACUUCACUUUGCAGCCAGUAAGAGACACAAGAGAGAAACAGAUACAACUAUGGAAAGAGCUUAUUUUAGAUUAUUGUAAAACACAGAAGAUAUUUGUAAUUGGACUUGAAGAAGAAUUUCCUCUAUUUACAAAUCAUGUAAUUGAAAGGUCUCUUACCCAUGAAGCCAGAGCAGCUUUCCUUUCAGCGUUAGUUUCUGAAGCAUGGAUGGAUAAAGGACAUAGGAAGUGUCUUAUUCUCUGGCAUCGGAUUCAAGAUUGGGCUGACAUUUUGAUACAGUUUGCAAAAGAUAAUGGACUGGAAGAUGGUGUUGUGACGAUAGAAGAAAUACGAUCUGGGACUGAAUCUCAAGGAACAGGUAAUCUGUUAAUGCUUAUGUCCUAUCUAUUUGUUAAGCUAUAAUUUGUGACAGGAAAA